CGUGAAUCAUGGUGAUCAAAUCCGAAUAUCCGGAAACCAUCAACGCACGGCACCUAGAUUGGACUUGGGAUCAUCAAGGUAUGGUUGCUUGAGCAGAGACAAUCCCACAUUCGGCCUAUAUACAGGUCAUAUACAAGGCCACUGCUACCACAGAGUGGUCACUAUCGGCAGGCCGAUGCCACCCGCGCCUGGUCUGACUCCAUGGCUACGGUUAACAGCAUCACCGUGAUACAACAAUAGCCCCGGCACAUUAUGCACCCUGAAAGGGAUUCCUCUUCUCGCUCGCCUUCGGUAUCGGAUCCUCAAGACCAUGAGUUGUCUGCGUCUUCGCCGGCAGACGAUCACUUGUAUCAGCAUGACAUUGCCCCCACGAGAUCCGAUCAUGCCUGCUAUGCCAUACCUGGUGCCUCCGAUUCGGCCCUCGACGGGACAAAUUUCACGGUUCGAGGUCUUUUGGUAGGAAUCGCGAUUGGCAUCAUCAUAUGCUUUUCCAAUACAUACUUCGGGUUGCAGACAGGAUGGGUGUCCGGGAUGGCUAUGCCCGCAUCAUUGAUCGGGUUUGCGAUAUUCAAAGCCAUAUCACCCUAUCUGGCACUUCCGUUUACCCCGGUGGAAAAUGUAUUGGUACAGACGGUGGCCGGAGCUGUGGGAACCAUGCCAUUAGGCUUAGGUUUCGUAGGGGUCAUGCCCAGUCUGGAAUUUCUGCUCAAGAAGAGUGAGGGCGCACCAAUAGAUCUGAGCAUUUGGAGGCUCUUCGUCUGGGGUGUUGGACUGUGUCUUUUCGGAGUGGUCUUUGCUGUCCCACUGAGGAGGCAGGUCAUCAUACGUGAGCGGCUGAAGUUUCCCAGCGGCACCGCUACCGCUCUGAUGAUAAGUGUCUUGCAUGGCGGAGCCAAAAGCGAUGAAGCCAAGGAACGAGAGAUCGCAACGCAGGGCACAGAGGAACGCGAGGAGCUGUUGCGCGAAACCGACCGAGACGAUGUCAACAGCCAGCCUGAUGAGCGUGAUGUACGAGCCGACUGGAAAAGACAAAUCCGACUUCUCAUGGUAGCCUUUACCGGAUCUGGAUCUUAUACCUUGAUUCAAUACUUCCUCCCUAUUCUGCACAAACUGCCGGUCUUCGGCACAUACCUGGCCAAUACCUGGGUUUGGACACUGAAUCCAUCACCAGCGUACGUCGGUCAAGGCAUUAUCAUGGGCCCAGCGACCACCUUCCACAUGCUCUUGGGAGCAAUCGUAGGCUGGGGCGUACUCAGUCCCAUCGCCAAACACAAAGGCUGGGCACCCGGCUCCGUCGACGACUGGGAGACAGGAAGCAAAGGUUGGAUAGUCUGGGUCAGUUUGGCCAUUAUGCUCGCCGAUGCAGUUGUCAAUCUAGGCUGGCUAAUCCUCCGACCCACCAUCAAAUACGGUCCCGACUGGGUCCGCACAGCUCAACACCACUAUAAACACAGCAACUCCUGGGCCGACUUCUUCCUUGGCAAACAGUUUGCCGGUUACCUCGCCCUCGACACAUCUCCAGACUCUAAUAAUAACUCAGCACCACGCAAGCCCGCGAAAUCCUCACCCUCGGACGACACUCCCGACGACGCACCACCACACCACCUGAUUUCAGGCCGCACGGUCUGCAUCCUGCUCCCACUCACCCUCAUCCUCUGCGUUCUCUGCAUCCACGUCACCUUCGGCACCUACAUCCCGAUCGGCCUAAACAUCCUCGCCAUCCUCCUCGCCUGUGUCCUGUCCAUAAUGGGUGUCCGUGCCCUGGGAGAGACCGACCUGAACCCGGUGUCAGGCAUCUCCAAACUCACGCAACUCGUCUUCGCCCUCGUCACCCCAACUGGCAAACACGCAAACCACGCCAUCGUCAUCAACCUGCUUGCCGGCGCCGUCAGCGAAGCCGGUGCCCUCCAAGCCGGGGACAUGCUCCAGGACCUCAAGGCGGGCCACCUCAUCGGCGCAAGCCCCAAGGCCCAGUUUUACGGUCAAAUGAUCGGCAGCGUGGUCGGGGCGUUCGUCUCCGCGGCCGUCUACAAGCUGUAUGUCUCGGUGUACCAAGUCCCAGGUGAACUCUUCGAGAUCCCGACCGCGUACGUCUGGAUCUUCACGGCCCGUCUGGUGACGGGAAAAGGUCUGCCGCCGAUGGCGUGGCAGGUCGCCCUCAUUGCCGGCGCGAUUUUUGUCAUCACCACGUCCCUGAGGAUAUACAUGCUCGCAUACCGUGACCAGAAGCCCUGGUGCCGGACACUGCAUCCGUGGAUACCAGGGGGUAUCGCGGUCGCGGUGGGCAUGUACAACACGCCGAGUUUCACGCUGGCCAGGACCGCCGGAGGGAUAAUCAGUUACUGGUGGGUCAACUGGAAGCGACGAGGCGAGACCCGGGUCAUUGUUCUCGCCAGCGGCCUGAUCCUCGGCGAGGGCGUGAUGAGCAUCGUGAACCUCGUGCUGGCGAGUUUGGGAGUGCCGCAUCUAUAAUGUCUACGCCAGAAUAUGGUCAGUGUGGGUCUCGAAAGAAGUCCACUAUGCGCAAGCCUAAAGACUAGCAUGUCGAGGACGGAUAUGACGACCAUUGGCCACUACUCGUGGAGGUUGCGGCUACUUGAGCUGGACGAUUUCUUUCUCCGACAGCGGAGGAAGUGCGAUAUGAGUUACGACUCUUCUUUUACAUGCUAUCAGCGCUGACGAGCAUGAGGCGUUCGGGACGUCUCGGAGGUUCCAUGUAUAUAGAAUAGAGCAUCCGAAUAGAGGAUAUAUUCAUCAUUUUCAUGUAUGAGUUAUC